ACGAAAAGGGCAGAUAGGCAACGGUUUAUAAUUUGGAAAAUUUAUUAUAAAUUAAAAUAAAUACUUGCUUGAUCUACCUGUUAUUAUUCAUCUCAGUGUGAUAUUACGUUAAGUGCUUAUAACCGUUGAAUGAAAUAUCAAAUGAUAAUACUGGAUAAAUAAUUAAACAACGAGAUGUCAUUUAGAGAUACAAAAAUCUUCUCGGCUGUCAUUCAAUAAACGAAAGUACACAAUUAAUAAAAAAUAUUCAAAGCAAUAUGAUAGAAAAAAUUGUUGGUUUUUCACAAGAUACCCUUGUCUAUCAAAGUGGGCAAACAAUCAAAGCAAAAAGGUUCCUACAAUACAUUGCAAGUUUAGCAGUCUCCAUAGGUGCAAUAGCAUCUGGAGUGACAAUAUCAUGGACCUCACAAGCUGGUACAGAUGGUGUCAAUAUAGCAACCAUAUAUAAAAUCGCUGUUACACCAGAAGAAUAUUCAUGGAUUGGAUCACUCGCAGCACUUGGUUCUGCAGUAGUGUGUGUACCUAUUGGUACUCUUGCAGAUAUAAUAGGCAGAAAAUAUUCUAUGCUAAUGCUUGUAAUUCCUUUUACAAUUGGCUGGCUUUGUAUUAUCUUUGCAAAGUCUGUCGCUUUUUUUUAUGUCGGAAGGUUCUUAACAGGUUUUAGUGGCGGAGCCUUUAGUGUGACUGGUCCUAUGUAUACCUCAGAAAUUGGUGAAAGUGAAAUUCGUGGGAGAUUAGGUACAUUUUAUCAUUUAUUUAAAACUGUGGGUAUUUUAAUAGUAGCCGUUCUAUAUUUAAUUGACAUAAAUAUGUAUCAAUUAUCCAUUAUAUCUGGAUUCAUACCAAUAAUCUUUGGUAUAGCAUUUUCCUUUAUGCCAGAAAGUCCCGUAUAUUAUUUACUUAAAGGAAAUGAAGAUGCUGCUAGAAAAAUAUAUAUUAAACUUAGAGGUUCUCAAUAUGAUGUAGAACAAGAAUUAAGUAUGCAGAAAAAAAUGAUAGAAGAGGUUAAUAAAAACAAGGUAUCUUUCCUAUCUUUAUUGAAAUCUAAAGCUUGUAAAAAAGCCAUAUUAAUAUCGUAUGGACUUAUGACAUUUCAACAAUUGAGUGGAGUAAAUGUUGUUGCAUUUUACAUUGGUUUUAUAUUUGACAAAGCAGGAGGUUUUCUUGGACCUAAGGAAGCUACUAUUAUCGUAGGAGUAAUUGCAAUAACUAUGGUGUUUAUAAGCAUAUUAACAGUCGAUCGUCUAGGUAGAAGAAUAUUACUUACAAUAUCUUGUCUUAUUAUGUGUUUAUCUAACUUAGCACUUGGUAUUUACUUCUAUCUCUUGGAAACAACAAGUACAAGUACUCUAGGCUGGUUACCUUUCUUGUCUGUUUGUUCUUUUAUAAUUUCAUUUGCAAUUGGGUUUGGUCCUCUUCCGUGGAUGAUGAUCUCAGAACUUUUUACACCUGAUACCAAAAGUAUCGUUGGUAGUAGUGCUUGCUUUUUGAAUUGGACACUGGCAUUUAUAGUCACUAAAACUUUUGUUAAUUUAAAUGAUAUUAUUCAUGUCUAUGGUACGUUUUGGUUAUUUUCUCUUUUUUGUGCUGUAGGUGUCAUUUUUGUUUUAUUCUUUGUUCCAGAAACGAAAGGAAAAACGUUAGAACAAAUUCAACGCGAAUUAAGCGCAUAG